UGCAAGGACAUCCGGGACUCAUGGGACUCCAUUGGGGACGGAGAGUACUGGAUCGACCCUGAGAACAGUUGCAAGCCUGUGAAGGUCUUCUGUGACAUGACAACGGAAGGAGGAGGAUGGCUUCUCGUCGCGAACUUUGUGACUGAUGGCUCUACUUCAUUUACCAGAUGGACUUUAAAUUCAUCAUACCGAGCGAUCAGCAACUUCUCCAGCAAUAAAAUGGGUAUUACAACAAAGGCAAUGCAAGAUCUCAGAUCACACUUGAAUUUCACUCAGCUUAGAUUCCAUUGCAGUAAGAAACAGGGACGUACGUUCCACGUGGCCACUGUGGCUAACAGCUCUGGCGAAGCUGUCGUUCAGUAUUUCAGCGGUCAGACAAAUGUAGUGCCUAAUUCAUGCGGGUCCUUUAAAAAAAUGCGCGGGGAUAACUCAGAGCUGGCAGCGCAGUGUGGAAGGUGGGGACAUGAAAACAGGUACUAUGUGGGAAAAUGGGGAAAGAAAAACCAGAAAAGAGAGCAACGGUUGUACGAUAGGGCUGCAUUUGUUACAAAGAAGUACUACUGGUAUUUGAGAGAAGACUACUGGUUCUGUGAUGACACGACUAAUGAUACCAUCUCGUCGCCAGGAGAUUUUUGGAAAAUCUACGUGCGUUAAAUGAUUAAAACGCACAAGAGGAAGAGCAAUUUUGAUUUGAGCAUCGAAGCAGUAUAGAUCUGCGCUAUUCGUCACACUGUUGG